GGAUCGAUCCGAACCCACCUGUCAGAAGGCGCGGAGUGAAAAAGGAGAAGAGAAGGGAGAAGGCGAGAAGCGGCGGAAAGGUGAGAGAGAGAGAGAGAGGCGACGAGGGCACCAUGAGCGCUCUCAAAUUCUGCAGCGAAUGCAACAACAUGCUAUACCCGCUGGAGGACAAGGAGACGCGCACCCUCCUCUACGCUUGCCAGUCCUGCGAGCAUCAGGAGGUUGCCACUGAUACAUGUGUGUAUAAAAGGGUUCUUCGUAAACCUGCUGGUGAACCUAAAGAUAUCCUGAAUGAUGCAGCAACCGAUCCUAGUCUGCCUCGCACCAGAAGUGUUAGAUGUUACAACUGCAACCAUCCAGAAGCUGCUUUUUUCCAGGCUCCGACUACGGGAGAGCAAGGCCUGACGCUGUACUUCAUCUGCUGCAACCCGAGCUGCGGUCACAGGUGGAGGGACUGAUGAGAAGGAUCACUCCACAAACCAGGGUAGCAGUUCUUGGCAUGGACCUUAAUUCACUAGCUCGUAGUUUGUGGUUGGACUAGCACCGCAGUUAUGAAGAUUUAGCUGUAAACUUGUCCUUGGCAUUCGUACUUCAUGUGGAGCUGUUAUCUUGAGUCUAUUAUGUUGGGUAAUGCUGUGUGAACAAGUUCGGGUCUAACAAUUAGUAUGUUUCGUCGGUCGAAUGACGCAUGUUGAAGCUUAGAAGCGAAAGCCCGUGAUGAAAAGGGCUACAAUUCUGUGGAUCCCGAAUAGAUGCACUGCAUGAGAUUACAGAGCAUGUUGGCCUCAAA